AUGGGAGUCCCUAAGUUUUUUAGAUACAUCAGUGAAAGAUAUCCGUGUCUUUCAGAAUUAGUGAGAGAGAGUCAAGUUCCAGAGUUCGAUAAUUUAUAUCUGGAUAUGAAUGGAAUCAUUCAUAAUUGCUCUCAUCCGAAUGAUAAUGACAUUCAUUUUAGAAUAACAGAAGAGCAAAUUUUUAAGGAUAUAUUUUUUUAUUUGGAAACAUUAUUCAACAUGAUUAAACCUCAGAAAUUGUUUUUUCUGGCUGUCGAUGGAGUUGCACCUAGGGCUAAAAUGAAUCAACAAAGAGGCCGAAGAUUUCGUAGUAGCAAAGAUGCCGAAUUAGCAGAAAAAAAGGCAAAAGAAAAAGGAGAACAACUACCUGAAGAGGCUAGAUUCGAUUCUAAUUGCAUCACUCCAGGCACACCAUUCAUGUGUCGAUUAGAUAAUGCUCUUCGUUAUUUUAUUCAGCAAAAGAUAUCAACUUGCAAGGCUUGGAGGAACUGUAAAGUCAUUCUAAGUGGUCAUCAGACUCCUGGAGAAGGCGAGCACAAAAUCAUGGAGCAUAUUCGAUAUAUAAAGUCGCAAAAGAAGUAUGAUCCAAAUACUAGACACUGCUUGUAUGGAUUAGACGCAGAUUUAAUAAUGCUCGGAUUAUGCUCCCAUGAAAAACAUUUUUCGUUGCUUCGAGAAGAAGUAAAGUUUGGAAAAAAGAAUAACAAAGUACAGUCAGUCGAUCAGCAAAGAUUUUUUCUUCUCCAUUUGAGCUUAAUGAGAGAUUAUCUUGAAUUAGAGUUUCAGCCUGUAAAGGAAAACCUUAAAUUUACUUAUGACAUUGAAAAAAUAAUCGACGACUGGGUUUUGAUGGGAUUUUUAGUAGGAAAUGAUUUUAUUCCACACAUUCCGAAUCUCCACAUUCAAACAGAUGCACUUCCAAUGUUAUUUGAUACGUAUAUGAAGACACUUCCAAAGCUGGAUGGAUAUAUUAAUGAAGGUGGAUAUUUGAAUUUGCCACGCUUACAAAUCUAUAUCGACAAUCUUUCAAAAUUCGAUCGUGAAACAUUUUCUAAUCAAUAUGAGGAUUUAAAAUUCUUAGAAACGAAACAUCAAGUUGGUUUCAAUAAUCGAAAUGAUGAUACAUUUGGUGGAAAUCAAGAUUUAUUGGAUCUUGUUAAAGCUACAGAAUUUGAGUUUGAUAGUCCCGAUGAAAAUGAGGAUGAAUUUAAUGAAGUUUUUCAGCGCGAACAAGGAAAUGACGGAUUAAGUGAUGAUGAGAUUUUUGAGAAGGAAUUCUUUCAGCAUCGUCGAAAUUAUUACAUAAGCAAGUUGAAGUACGAAGAGAUGACUCCAGAAGUUUUAGCUGAGCAAGCUAGAUGCUAUAUAACAGCACUUCAGUGGACAUUGUCAUAUUAUUAUCAUGGUGUUCAAUCUUGGAGUUAUUUCUAUCCACAUCAUUAUGCACCAUUUAUUAGUGAUGUGCGAGAUUUUAAGGACUUUAAAAUUAAUUUCGAACUCGGAAAACCGUUUUUACCAUUCCAACAAUUAAUGAGUGUUUUGCCAGCGGGAAGUAAAGACCACGUACCCGAUUGUUAUAAGAAGUUGAUGACACAUCCAGAUAGUGAGCUUAUUGAUUUUUAUCCUGCGGAUUUUGAAACAGACUUAAAUGGAAAAAAUCAAGAAUGGGAGGCUGUGGUGCUUAUUCCAUUUAUUGAUGAAGAACGAUUGCUUAAAUCGCUUAAAAAAUAUGAUAAUGAACUGACGCCUGAAGAAAAAAAGAGAAAUGUGCAUGGUCCAAUGUAUGUUUAUACGUUUUCUAGUGCCAGUCAAGGAAGCUUAGAAGGACCAGAAAAUUUUCCAAGCAUUGGCAGUUUAUUUUGUAAAGAGGAAAAAGUUUAUCGUGAAGAAAUUCAAGUACCAAGAGAGAACUUAGUUUUGGGACCAUCAAAAGGUGCCUUAACAAAUGUAUACUUUACUGGAUUUCCAACGCUUAAACAUUUAAAAUAUCAUAGUGAAUUGCGACUUCAACAUGUCAAAGUCUUUGAUCAGCCAUCUAGAAAAGAGAACAUGAUAAUUGUUGUCGAACCGAGGGUUGAAAUGGAUAAGCCAAUAGAAAUUCUUGUAAAAGAAUUAAUGUCAAAAGUUGUAUUUGUCGGCUGGCCACAUCUUAUUGAAGCCAAGAUUGUUAGAAUCACAAAUAAAGACAUCACAUAUUUUUCAGAUGGAAAUUCAGACAAAACGGACUCACACAAAUGGAAAGUUGACGUUCAAGCUAUUAAGGAUCAUCAUGCAAAUCGGAUGGGAAUUGAUCCUUUAGAAAUUUCAACAAUCGUACAUGUUUUACAAGCUACAGGAGAAGAAUAUCGUUUUGAUUCUAAAAUUAGAAUGUUUCGUACAGUAAGAACUUGGAACAGAGUAGAAGCUGCUUAUCCAAUUCAAUGUAUUGUGACUGAUGUUAAAGCUUAUCGUAAAAAGUUCAAGGAAGAAUUAUCACUCUUUGAGGCAUUUAAAAUUGGAACUGAGAUAAUAAUGCUGACAAAUCCCUAUUAUGCGUGCAUGGGUGAAAUUGUUGAGACAAAUUGCUAUGAAAAGACUGGGCGUGUAAAGGUUUGCCUUACCGUACAUGAAGAACCGACAUUUGAAAGCUUAUGGCAAAAACAUUUGACAACCAAAGAUUCUUAUAUGAAUUCAUAUCAAACAUCGUCAAAGUUGAACAUUUCUGAAAAUGUUCUUAAUCGUAUAACAGGCACUGUUUUGGUUAUUGCCGGAAUGAAAAGACAGAUAUCUGAUGGACAAUCCAAAAUGAAUAUUGGACUUCAAAUGAAAUUCGCUAAGCAAAAUGAAGAAUUAGCUGGAUACACAAAAAAGGAACGAUUAUGGUUAUAUUCCGAAAAAGUUUUAAAUUUAGUCCAAGAAUAUUAUUGUAAAUUUCCGAGAAUUUUUGAAGUCAUGGAAAAUAGAACUUCACGAGGAAAUAAUGAUAUUUACUUUGAGUCUGAUUUCUUUGAAACAACUGAGGGAGAAGAUAAUCUUUCUAGCUUAAUGAAAUGGCUUAAUCAAUUGCCACAUAUGAAGGUGGAAAGACGCACAAUUGGUUCGGAAGCGAUCGAAAAGGAAAUUGUUGAUGAAAUUGCUAAACAAGUUAUGGAAACAAAGGAUAUGCCAAUGAGAAAAGUAACUAUGCAAGUCAAACCGCAUCUUGUUUAUGCUCCUGCUUUAGCUAAAACAACAACAAAGGCACCGGAUUUUAAUGCAAACUAUCAGCUUUUUGAUCGUGUUGUUGUGGCAAGAGAAACUGAAAAGUAUUCUGUUGGUAUGAGAGGAACAGUUAUCGGCAUAAAUCGAGUAAAGGAUUUAAAUCCUGUCCGACAAGAUUGCAUUAAUCGAGAAGAUAUAUAUUGUGAGAUCUUAUUCGAUGAUUUAAAUGGAAAUAUUAAAACUGGACGACUUAUUGUUGAAAAUCUCGUUAAUAUUACUCAUGGGCAAUCAUUAAAUGGAAAUGAACGAUUUUCAAGUAAAACUGAAAACACUCAACGUCACGAAAAGAGUAACAAUGAACCACAUCCAAGGCAUAAUGAAAGCUUCUCUGCAAUUUUGCAAAAUAAAAACCGAACACAUAAUAAUAAUGGACCACAAAAGAAUCAAAAUUUUACGGAUAUAUGGAAUGCCUUAAAGAGUGGAAAUCAAAUUCCAACAGAAACAAUUACUCAAACAUCAGCUGUUAUCAUCCCUCAUAGCACUUCAACUACAGCAAUUAAAGAAUCAAUUGCCGUAAAGGAAAAGGAAACUAAACUUGAUUCUCAAAAGAAAUUAAGUGAUGCGAUUAACAAAAAAAUGGCAGAAUUAGAAGUAAAUAACAAGAAAAAGAUUUCUCCAGUACCGAAUGAUCAAUCGGUUCCUAUAAUGAUUUCGCCACCAAUUAAACUUCCAACACCACCAAAAGAAUGGCUUGAAUGCAAAGAAGAAACAUUUCCUAUUGCUAAUAUCACGCCAAGAUUAAAAUUGGAAAUGCCAACAGUAGCUGCUGUUCAACCGAUAAAUCAACAAAAUAUUUUCUAUGGGAACAGCACCGUAGUACGACCGCCUCCGUUCCCUCAAAUGAAUUUUCCACAUCCAAUUCCGAUUUAUCCACAACAAAGGGGGGCUGUAAGAAUGCAACAACCAAUGCCAAUGAUGAAUGCUCCAAUCAUAACUCAGCCUCAGCAGACAUUCUUUAAAAACAACGAGCAUCAAGUUGGACCAUACUUUGCAAACAAUCAACAACCGCGCCAACAACAACUACAACAACAACAGCGAUUCUACAAUAAUUCUUACAAUAACAAUAGUAUUACGAGUAAUAAGCAAGGAAAAUAUCGACAGAAUCAAUAUCAGCAGCAGCCAGGCACUACAAUGGGUGCACAAUCCAAUCAACAAAAUCCAUUCAUACCGUUACAAGCAGCCAGAAAGUCAACUAAAGGAAAGGAAUCAUCAAAUCCUUUACAAGGUACAAAGAAAUUGGUUGUAGCAAUUGAAGAAUUCAAAAAGACUGAACAAAAGUCAGAAAUUGCUCAAUUGUCUGAGCCAGCUACAGAAGUUGUACACGAAAAGAAAGAUAUACAACAGUCAGAAAAACCGACUUCUGUUGUUGAUCCUCGCAAAUCAAGACUGGCUAUUAAGUUUUAA